CAUAAAAACCAUGACAGAAUCCCUUUAACGUAUAAGCUCAUAGGCUAAAAAUAGCACAGAAUGUCACUGAGCGCGAAAAGGCGGAGCUUCCGGCCUCACGUGGUCGCCUCCUCCAAAAAAAAUUGCAAUAACACAAGAAAGCACGCACUUCCCCAUUCCAAGCGGCCAGAGCAAUCCGAUGCGCGCAGAUACAGAAAUCAACCAGUCUGCCAGCAGCGGAUCUCUCGGCCUUCGGCUGCUUCUGUCUGGCACUUCAAGCGUUUCCUCGCGCAAAUAUAUAAGGUUCUAUUUUCCUCUUAUGUGUAAGUAAAUUGUCCCAGAGGAAAAGGAUGGGAUGUGCAAAGGGUCAGAAAGCUGCUAUCUGAGUUGCGCUCUUGGAUUUGACAAGACACGUCACGAAGGAACAGUGCCUGGGCAUCAGAGUAGAGAAAUUGUUUCUUUUCAAGGGGAGGUCUCACGCUACUACCCCGCCUACUUCAGGGCCGUGUCCCGCCUACUUCCAGCCAACUGACAGCAGUCGGGACCUUCCCCCAGAAGUACUCGCACUGACAGUAGUCGGGUCCUCCCUCUUUCUUACACAUCCACCCGCCCCAAAGCUGACAGGACCCACACGCCCUCCCUCACAGCCCUGGAGCUGACAGGAGCUUCGGACUUCUGACUUCUGCUUCAGUUGCCUGUUGUUAGGAAGUGUGCGGGACACUUUCUCCGCGGCCAUUGAAACUACAGUGCGUCGGACUCUGCUCUGACAGGACUUGGGCGCCAGCAGCCUCUCCCAUACCAGGAAACAAGCCUCCAAAAAUCUUUUUCUGAGCCAGCCGCCUCGCCUGUUUGCCAGUUUGACAAAGCAACCCCACCUUGACUAUAUACAACUGUUUUAUUGCAAAGUGAAAUCCUGCUGUGAACAAUCUUGUUGCAAUCGACCUGACUGCUGUUAUUUCCACCAAAGGAGUAUGCGGUCAAAGUCUUGUUCAUGAACCAGUGAUGAGGCUGCAUUGUACACAUCUGCUGUAGUUUUCAACCCUAUCAUCAGGACCUGCCAACAAUGCACAUAUCCAAGAUAUUUUCUGGGUAACACAAGUCAAGGCACACGGGAGCUGCAUUCUUGCAGGUUAUUCAAGCUGACUAAACCUGCUUAUACAAGAGAAGGCUUGGAUCCCCCUGGCAGUUUAUAUUAAAUUGUUUGCUACUGAUCUUUGUGCAGUCCUAACGCUAAAGUCGAUUCCUGACUUGGCCCCAUGCGUGGCUUUGUGGCGGCGAAGACAUCCAGAGACUACACGAAGAUCCGCAAGAUGGCAACAUUGAGCUCCGUUGCACUUCUCUGUAUUUAAGGGCUCCAUUGAUACUUUCGGUACUGUGCUGAAGACCACAGCAAUGACCUUGCUCUCUUUAUAUAAUGGAGAAUGGCCUGUGUCUCAAAUAUACUGGUGACGUCAUAGACACAUUCACAUUCCAUGUAGCUUGAUGCCAACCGACGAUUUCAAGGAUGACUGAUAUUACAGCAGCAUCGAAAAUGCACAGAGGACUGCUGAAGGAUCCAGAUAUUGCAGACUUAUUCUGCCAGGAAGACCCAGAGAGAGUAUUUGUGAAUCUACAUGAAAUUGGCCAUGGCAGCUUUGGAGCAGUUUACUUUGCGACAAACUCAACAACCAAUGAAGUUGUUGCUAUUAAAAAAAUGUCUUAUAGUGGAAAGCAAAUGAAUGAGAAAUGGCAGGACAUCAUCAAGGAAGUCAAGUUUUUGCAACAAUUGAAACACCCCAACACCAUUGAGUACAAAGGAUGCUACUUAAAUGAUCAUACAGCGUGGUUGGUAAUGGAAUACUGUUUGGGUUCUGCAUCAGAUUUGCUUGAAGUUCAUAAGAAGCCACUUCAAGAAGUGGAAAUAGCUGCCAUUACCCAUGGUGCCUUACAGGGGCUGGCUUACCUACAUUCUCACAACAUGAUACACAGGGACAUAAAAGCUGGGAAUAUUCUGCUUACUGAGCCUGGUCAAGUAAAGUUAGCAGAUUUUGGAUCUGCAUCUAAAUCAUCUCCUGCCAACUCUUUCGUAGGAACUCCAUAUUGGAUGGCCCCCGAAGUCAUUUUAGCCAUGGAUGAGGGGCAGUAUGAUGGGAAAAUAGAUAUAUGGUCUCUCGGUAUCACAUGUAUUGAAUUAGCUGAAAGGAAACCUCCAUUAUUUAAUAUGAAUGCAAUGAGUGCCUUAUACCAUAUAGCCCAGAAUGAGUCCCCAACACUACAGUCUAAUGAAUGGAUGGACUCCUUCAAGGCAUUUGUAGACUACUGCUUGCAAAAAAUACCUCAGGAAAGACCAACAUCUCUAGAACUGUUGCGUCAUGACUUUGUGCGGAGAGAGCGGCCAACCCGGGUUCUUACAGAUUUAAUCCAGAGAACUAAAGAUGCUGUCCGAGAGCUGGACAACUUGCAAUACAGGAAAAUGAAAAAGAUACUCUUCCAAGAAUCUCAGAAUGGACCAUUUAAUGAGUCUCAGGAAGAUGAUGAGGACAGCGAACAUGGGACCAGUCUAACCAGAAAGAUGGACAGUCUUGGCAGCAACCAUUCCAUCCCAAGCACGUCAGUCAGUACGGGUAGCCCGAGCAGCAGUGUAAACAGCAUACAAGAAGUAAUGGAAGAUGGAAGUCCUGACCUAAUCAUGAGUUUCAGCUGUAGUUUUGAUUCUACCUCUUCUCUCGUGCACAAAAAAGAUCAUGCAUUUAUAAGGGAUGAGGCGGACCACAGGGAUCCCAGGCCUGAACUGCGGCCUACCCAGUCAGUGCAAAGUCAGGCACUUCAUUACCGGACCCGCGAGCGAUUCGCUACAAUCAAAUCAGCAUCUUUGGUUACAAGGCAGAUCCAUGAGCAUGAGCAGGAGAACGAGUUGCGGGAACAGAUGUCAGGAUAUAAGCGGAUGCGGCGCCAGCACCAGAAGCAGCUGAUCGCCUUGGAGAAUAAGCUGAAGGCUGAGAUGGACGAGCACCGCCUUAAGCUGCAGAAGGAGGUGGAGACUCAUGCCAAUAACGCGUCCAUCGAGCUGGAAAAGCUUUCCAAGAGGCAAAUCGUAGGCAUGGAUAAAGAGGCAAGGGUGGCUGCAGCGGAUGAAAGGAGAUUUCAGCAACAGAUUAUAGCCCAACAAAAGAGAGACUUAACAUCCUUCUUAGAAAGUCAGAAGAAACAGUACAAGAUUUGCAAGGAAAAGAUUAAAGAGGAGUUGAAUGAGGACCAUAGCACGCCUAAAAAAGAGAAACAAGAACGCAUAUCAAAACAUAAAGAGAACCUCCAACACACUCAAGCUGAAGAAGAAGCUCAGCUCCUUAGCCAACAGAGACUGUACUACGAGAAAAACUGCCGACUCUUUAAAAGGAAAAUAAUGAUUAAGAGGCAUGAGGUUGAGCAGCAGCACAUUCGUGAGGAGCUUAAUAAGAAGCGAACUCAAAAGGAAAUGGAGCAUGCAAUGCUCAUCCGCCAGGAUGAGUCUACACGGGAGUUAGAGUACCGACAGCUUCAAAUGCUUCAGAAGCUUCGGAUGGACCUCAUAAGACUGCAGCACCAGACUGAACUGGAGAAUCAGUUGGAAUAUAACAAGCGUAGGGAAAGAGAGUUGCACCGGAAACAUGUGAUGGAACUUCGGCAGCAGCCCAAGAACCUAAAGGUUAUGGAGAUGCAGAUUAAGAAACAGUUUCAGGACACUUGCAAGGUGCAAACAAAGCAGUACAAGGCCCUAAAGAAUCACCAGCUGGAGGUAUCCCCAAAGUGUGAGCACAAGACAAUAUUGAAGUCCCUGAAAGAUGAGCAGACACGCAAAUUGGCCAUUCUGGCUGAACAAUAUGAGCAAAGCAUCAACGAAAUGAUGGCCUCACAAGCGCUGCGGUUGGAUGAAGCUCAAGAAGCAGAAUGCCAAGCUCUUCGGCAACAGCUUCAACAGGAGAUGGAGUUGUUGAACGCUUACCAGAGCAAGAUCAAGAUGCAGACGGAGGCACAGCAUGAGCGUGAACUGCAGAAGCUGGAACAGAGGGUGUCCCUCCGCAGAGCGCAUUUGGAACAGAAGAUAGAAGAGGAGUUGGCAGCUCUUCAGAAGGAACGCAGUGAAAGGAUCAAGCAUCUUUUUGAACGCGAAGAAAGAGAAAUUGAAACCUUUGACAUGGAAAGUUUAAGAAUGGGCUUUGGAAAUCUGGUGACGUUAGAAUAUCCCAAGGAGGACUAUAGAUGAGAGAGGACAGUUUUUGCCAUUCAAAUAAAUAACAAUAAUAAUAUUAACAAUGACAGCAAGGAGAACCUGCAAACGUACAUUCCCCAUUUUAACGGGCGUGCUCUCUCUCUCUCUCCCUCCCACUCUCUCUGUCUCUAUCUAUCUCUCUGACGUCCGUCGGACACUAGUGCCUGUAAUUCUUUUUACUCACCAGGGUGCCUCUGGGCAAAUCUCAGCACGGAGCGAGCUCCCUGGCAUACCUCUCAAGUGUCCCUGAUUGUCACUCAAAUUUUCAACCCAUCAGAACAUUUGGUGCUUGUUAUACAAACCGAAGAUUCAAAGAACGGAAAGGAGUCUUGAAGUAACAGUUGUGUUUUGUGUGGAAACUCUUCCUUUACUCAUACCCCUUUUGCGGAAAGAGAUAACUUGAUUAUACAAAGUUUUGUCCAUGAUGUUCCUUGGGGAAGAUGUUGAGAGGUACGUUGUUUUGAUAUCUCAAUGUGAGGAUUGCACCUCGGCAGAAAGAUUGCAGUGGUUAUGAGGCGAAACGCGUGUCCUUGAUGUCUGGCUACUUUGAGGGUUGAAGGCAUAGUAUUAACAGGUUGACCGUAUGGCAAAGAAUAUUGACAACAAUAUAUACAGUAUAUUUAUUGUUUUUUGUUUUUUUAAGAUGGCUGUCCGCGGUUUUACUUGGUUUGAUAUGCCAUGAUGCACAAAUCGUCAAAAUCUGUGCGAUUAACCCCUUCACCCCUGAGCUAGUUUGUGGCUGUGUUCUAUAUAAUCUGGCAAUGGUGUGUUCCUUUAAUCUAUGUGUGGGAUCACUGGUGACACUCCUAGGAGUUUGACUGUAAUGAAUGAACAAUCUCAGCUCCUUUACUGCUAGUGCAGCCAGUAAUACAGUCACCAAGCUUCAAAAGUGCUCAAAGCUUGAAAAAUGAAAGCAACUCAGGGAUGAAGUGAUUAAUUUAUCAACGCUCAAUAAUACAUUUUGAGAGACUAGAGAGAAAUGUGGAGAUGAAUUUAAAAGCCAACAAAAUGUGAAAUAUCUGUUGGUUUCAACAAACAUUUUAUUCUACUAUUCUGUUAAAAGUACAAGCAAAAAAAAAAAAAAAAAAUAUAUAUAUAUAUAUAUAUAUAUAUAUAUAUAUAUAUAUAUAUAUACACACGUAUUCAUAUACAAUUUAAUACAUAAAAGAGAGAGAGAGAGGCAUAAAACUGCAGCCUUAAGAUAACUGCUGCUUCGAUACACAUUGUUGUUUUUUUGGUAUUUGUUCGUCAGGAAUUAAAAAAAAAAAGAGAUUUUAUUAAACUAUUGAGGUUUGAUACAUUUUACAGAAACCAAUCAUGUUGUAUAUAUAUAUAGACAUAUUGUUGGGUGAGGGAGAAUCAGAAUUCGGGGGGAGGGGGGUUGUUGGGCAGAUGGGGAGGGUAGAAUGUCUUGUGAUAUAUUUUUUGUUGCUUUUUUUUUUUUUUUUUUUUAUAUUUUGUUCCUUUUGAAGAAUUAUGCUGGCAGGAGCAGAAAUUGUGUUUUGAAUAUUUAAUUGCACCUUUAAGAGAAAAGAAACGCUAUCUACUGUACUUUCUACUCCAGUCCUGGUUUUCUUAAUUUAUGAUAUACUACAAUGUAAUGUUUUGUGAUCUGGCAUAUGUUCUAACAUACAUUAUGAUUUUUAAUGCCCCAAAUUGUUUACAAGGAUUGGCAUAUGAAUGUGCCAGGCGUUUGUUGUUUUGGGAGUUUGUAUUCCCUAUAUGAAUUAACAAAAUGUUCCACUUUUAAUAAUUUCAGUACUUUUACUUUAUGGAUGAAAAUAUAUUUGUGCUCCAUAUAAA